CCUGUAAAACAUUUUACCUUCUGUCUUUGCAAAGUCCUCAAGAACGCUCUCACCCUGCGAUAACUACUUCACUUGGGUUAUAUACCCAUUUUCAAAGAUGGAUAAAGAUAUGGAAGAUGUUGAUAAACGCUAUGAGUGGCUCCACUCAGAACAUUCUUCUUCUUCUGUUGCUGCUGGUGACAUUUAUGGAGAGCCACAAAGGGCUGCCCGGAUUGGAGAUGAAUACCAGGCACAAAUCCCACUUUUGAUGACAGAAAAAGAGCAACUCCCAACUUGUCAAGAUGUUCAAAACAAAUUUAGAUUCGGUCUGUCAAUUCCAGUCAUUUGGAUUCACAAUCAACAUAAGAACAAGAAAGCUACAAAGGGGGGUAAGGGUAAAUCUGGAACAGACAGAGACAGUCUGGUUCCUGGUUCAUCAAGUGAGUCAUGGAGUGUGAUUGAACAUGAUAGUUUUCUUCUUGGUUUAUAUAUAUUUGGCAAGAAUCUUGGUCUUGUGAACAAAUUUGUGGGGAAUAAAGGAAUGCGAAAUGUAUUAUCUUACUACUAUGGAAAGUUCUAUACAAGUGGUGAACACCAAAAAUGGUCAAAGUUUCGGAAGAAGAGAAGCAGAAAGUCUGUACCUGGAAAAAAGAUUUUUAAAGGGUGGAGGCGACAUGAGCUUUUGUCCCGCUUGCUUCCUAAUGUCACAGAUGAAUGCAAAACUAGUUUGACACAGGUGACUAGAACGUAUGAGGAGGAAAAAAUUUCAUUUGACAAGUAUGUACUGAGUGUAAGGGAUGCAGUGGGCAUCAAUCUUCUUGUAGAAGCCAUAGCCAUUGGGAAAGGAAAACGAGACCUUACUGGUAGGCCCAAGAAGCUUAACAGCAGCUCUGCAAUUGCAUGCUCCUCACUUGAACCAGAGGAAAUUGUCAACCUUUUGAAGGAUGGAAUCGGAUUAAGCAAAGAAAGAUUAAAUGAAAUCUUCUGGGAAGUUGUCUGGCCUCGCCUUUUAGCAAGAGGAUGGCACUCUGAACAGCAUAAAAAUUAUGCCUUCCAAAACUCUAAUAACCACAACCACAACCACAACCACUCUUUGAUGUUUCUUGCACCUGGAGUCACAAAGUUUUCAAGACGAAGCCUCGAGAAAGGAAGUCAAUAUUUUGACUCCUUCAAUGAACUCCUGAACAAAGUUGCAUCAGAACCAUGGAUUCUCGACAAGGACCACGAGCACUCGAAUGAGGAUUUGAUGAAAUGCACGAUUGUGGAUACCAGUUUGGCUGGGGUUGUUAAAGUGAGUGAGGUUACAAAUUUGCAUGUCCCCCAACAAUCAUCAUCUAGUGUUUCUGGAGAAUCUGAACAAGAAACAACAGAAGAAUCUCAAGAAGAAAAUGCGAAUCAUGGUGUUGUUGAUUCGCAAGAUUGUGAGACUAGUGGUGUGAACCAUCUUAAUCCAUUGGUGUCGAGACUUGAGGAAGGAAAACCUGUAAGAAAACUUAAGUUGAUAUGCGAAGUACCAAAACCAAGAAAACAUAAUACGACCAAUGACAACUUGUUGAGUUGUGAAGAUGAAGCUAUGGAAGAGGAUCCACGUUGUAAGAAGAAGAAGAAGAAGCGUGGAGGUAUAGUGAUAGACUUGAACAACCCUCGAGUGGGUCCGGAUUCAGAUGGUGAUCACUCAGUUUUACAUGAAUGUGAAACAACCACCAACCAAUCUAAGUUGAAUGGUGGUCAAAGGCAGAGUAGAAGAAACCGGCCAUUGUCCAUGAAAGCCUUAGAAGCUCUUGCUAAUGGAUUCCUGAACCCAAAGAAGAAGAGGACAGGGACAGGGACAGAGGAGACAAGGGGUAGGCGUGUUCAUGCUAAAACUGAUCUUGUCUCAAGUUGUGGUGCACGCUACAUUGAAAAUCGCAACAGGGUGGAAGGAAUCUUCAGUGUGGUCAGUGAGUCUCCAAAAUGAAAAAUACUUGUCGGUUGUUGGUCCUUACUAUAACUUGAUGACAUUGUGAUCGAGUUUUAUAUGAACCUGUUGAGCUCUUCUACCAAAUCCCAUUUUUACGACACAUAAGCAUACUAUGAA